CCCAACCCCCCUAUGUGUAUAUAUUUUUUUUAAUACUUUGUGAGGAAAAACUGUCAACCAUAUCCAAAGUGCAGGACCAAAGAGAAGUAAAAUAAUGUAUGCUUUUGUUAGAUUCUUUGAAGACGAUAUGUGCUACGCGUUAUCCGUUUCAAAUGUCGAAGAUUUCAGACCUCUGCACAAAACAGAUUUUGAUAAUCAGAAGGUGUAUCUGGUUCACAGAACUGAAGAGAAUGGCAGCGCAGGCCAGCCGUGCGAAGCACAGAUCCUUGCCCUUGCAGAUACAGUAGAGGAAUUUGAAGACAGUAUAAUGCAAAAGAAGAUGAAAAUUCCCAAGAUGUCCAUCAAGAAUUCAGGAAACUCUAUUGAGAACAAUUUUGGAGAGGAGAGAAUGCCACUCAGACAUAAAAAGGCCCUGUCUCAGGACCAUGGACGCCCCCUUUCCAACUCCUCCAAGAGCCUGGCAGCAGUAGUGGCUCGCCUGGAGAGAAAUGCAGCAAGCUCCUGUAUGGAGGGCGAAGAGGACCUGGAUGAGGACCGGCUGGCUGAGGAGGGAGAGGAUGCAGACGACGAAGAUGACGAUAUGGAGGCAGAGCAUCAGCAACAUCAUCACCAGCAGCAACAACAGCAUUUGGAGGUGGACACGGAUUGUGUGUCUGGGGUAGCUGCAGCUGUUGUUCCUAGAGUCCUGUACGAGGAGCUGGUUCAUAGCUAUAGGCAACAGGAAGAGGAGAUGAGGAGGCUGCAGCAGGAGCUGGAAAGAACCCGCAGGCAGCUGGUACAGCAGGCCAAGAAGCUGAAGGAAUAUGGCAGCUUGCUGACAGAAGUCAAAGAACUGAGGGACUUCAACCGGAGGCUGCAGGACGUGCUUCUCAUGAGAUUGGGCAGCGAGCCUAUGCAUGACAAUGGCACUCAGACAAUCAAGGCUGAAGUGGUUGAACCCAUUGUUGAGGCCCAGGAGACGUGCAGAGAAGAAGCCAACACCAGUUCCAGCUACUCACCCUCACCCAGAACAGUAUACACCUGCAAUGAUGGGAAGGUACACCUAGGUGGAGGGAUCUGGGUGGAGGAGGAGAAGUGGCACCAGCUGCAGCGGACCCAGGGAGACUCCAAGUUCACAAAGAACCUAGCUGUAAUGAUCUGGGGCACAGAAACCCUCAAGAACCGUAGUGUCACUGGAGUGGCCACCAAAAAAAAGAAAGAUGCUCUGCCCAAACCUCCCCUGUCACCCAGCAAACUGAAAAUCGUCAGAGAGUGUCUCUACGACAGAGUGUCUCAAGAGACAGCCGACAGUGCAGAGAUUACGCAGAGAUUGUCCAAAGUGAACAAAUACAUUUGUGAAAAGAUAAUGGACAUCAACAAGUCCAUCAAGAACGAGGAGCGGCGGGAGUCCAAGCUGCUCAUCAGACAGACAGUCAAGAUGGAGAACUUCACCUAUGACGGCAUGUAGUGAUAAACGUUUGUCACGCCAGCGCCUUCUGCCUCCCCUGUGGUCCGCAGGAUAUUGAGGGGACUUGAUAUGGGUGGUUUGGGGAUGUUUGUCACAGUUUCAGGAGCAGUUGUUUCCCUUUGACACAUUGGAUUGGUUAUUACGUGAAACAAUAAAACAAAUAGACCCCUUCCCAGCUCCCUAUAGCGCAACCAUCACCCUCUUCAGUGCCCAGUUUCCUCAUUGGGUGGCAGACAGCUUUACCCACCAGUGAAACGUUAAACACGUGUGAACUAGUUUGAUAUGAGCUGGUAUGAGUGUUUUUAUAAGCUUUACAGUGGGAUUGGUACAGAGACGUGGUUUAUUGACGUGUGUGCAUUUGUGUCAAAGGGAGAGAUUAGAUAUGUUUGUUAAAUUGAUUUAUUGUUCUGUGUCAGAACAUCAUUUUGAGUCCUUAAACUUUUAAAAAGUAAGAGGUAAUUUCCCUAGAUAAAGUCUGCUGAUGCUAUAGAGAUGAUGAUGAUGCUAGCUUGCAUUAGAUCUUAGUUGAGUGGACGGUUGGAUAUUUUGGUGACUACUGUUUGCUGUUUUGGUACUUACUGCAUAGAAUGGGACAACAGGGUCUCAGAUGCACAAGUCUUAAUUAGUAACAGCCAUAUUGCAUUUUGCAACAGAGAUUCUGUUGCUCAUCGAGAUUAAUUUCCCCCCUUAACUGUAGGCCACUCACAUCACUUUAUUAAAAACAAGAGCUUAAAGAGGUUAAAUGUGAAGUAUGACUCUAAUGUAGAGUCUAUAGAGUGCUAUAUUUGUUUUGUUUUUUAUGUUGACCUUUUAGUUCUGAGCAUUCACGAUCAGAGAGAGAGCACAAGGAAAUGUGUUUUGAUGGGAUAUUUCUGUGUUACUCUUAAUCAAACGUGUCACUUUGAGACAAUUUGACUGUUUAAUGAGUUUUAGUGGUACAGGCAUGUUGAUGCCUAGAAAGGCCUUAAAUGGAUUUGGCAAUCACCGGGGGCCGGUUCGCCCUUGGGUUUUCUAGUAGGCUGUGAUUGUAAAUGUAUAAUAAGCUGAAGUGAUGAAACUUCACCUGCACUUUGCUGUGAGAAUGUAAAAGGUGGUUAUGGGUACUAUUUUCUGUGCGAUUCACACCAUUAAGGUGAGCUGAUCCGGGCUUUGAGCUAUCCCCACUCCUGUAUUUAAAAGACGCUGCGCUGCACGGGGAAAUGUGGGGAAGAAAGCUCUGCACGGUUCAAGUCAUCUUCUUGUGGAAGCAGUGUUAGUUGUGGGUAAAGCUGUCUGAAACACUAUUAUACUGUUGAAGUUGUCUGGGCCUGCUGAACCCCAUAAUAACCCCCUCUUUUUUAAGCCACGCCACUGGGGAACAAAGUAAGGUUGCUUCAGUGACAAUUUCCUCUGAGCUAUGCCAUCAAAACUUGGAAAAUAUCCUUUUUCUUGUAUUUUUUUUCAUGUUUGUUUUUUUUUUCUAUUCAGUUGUUUUAUUGUUUUGAUCCAAAAUGGUUUGUGUGGCUGUCUGCAGGCUGGAACUAAAUGCUGCAGAUUGAAAUCUCGACUGUGACCUAACUGUGGCUAACUGUGAAUCUUCUACAGAGCUGCCCAUCAAGCCUCUCUCCUCUUCACACUCUAGAUUCUUGUUUGACGGUUGGUUUAUUUCUCUCUAUCAUUUUGUCUUUCUUGGGUUUUUUUGUUAUCUCAAAAAGUUCAGAUCAGCCUUUUGUUAAGCUACCUUAUGUUUUGGAAAUGUUUUAGUGUACAUAAAAAAAACCUCUUUUUAUUUUAUUUUUUUCCACCAAACAUGGAUGUUUCAGUUUCUAGUCAUGUUACAUGUUACAGUUUUAACGGUUCUGGUCAAGUUUUGGUUUAUCAAAUUGAUGUUGUAAUUCCAUGUUACCUGACAAUUUCUUCUAUUUCUUUUUACACUUAUCUUAUUGUUUGUUUUUUUUCAUAUGAAUUGUUGGCUUUAAGCUUGAUGUUGUAUCCAAAUGUAGAUCAGUGGGAUCUACAAACACAUGAAAAAAAAUUUGCCCUUUCUUAGCCAAAGUGAUCUCUGUGGAACAAGAGAGAUGAGGCUUCCCUUAACAUCAGAUUUUGACAGAGCCCAUACAUUAUACUACAUUCACAACAUGUGAUAUUUAAUAAUAAACCUCACUUAGAAUCUACCUUCUAAUGACUGCCACAGUAAGAUGAGAAUCUGUAUCGUUAAACGGUUGUACUCAGAUGCAGUAGUUAGAUCAACACAAAACAUUUACAUUGAAAGCACUUUAAACUUCUGGGCAAUUUCUUCAAUCUUAAAGAAAUGUAUUUGUGGUAUUCGUCCUUUUUUUUUUUUUUUUUUUUUUUUUUUUUAAAUGUCUAUAUAGAUUAAGGCCUAACAAUCAUUGUAUUAUCAUGAAGCACCUUAGAACACUUUGGUUUAUUGUUUUUUUAUGGCAGGAAUGAGUUACGGGAUAUGAUUUUUGUUAGUUGGAUAUGCCCCUGACAUGUCAAUGCUCCAAAACAAGCUUGAUCGAUUUAAUACUUCCAACUACUACUUGGAAGUAGUACUACUGCUACUACUUCCGAAUAUUUAGAUCUUUGAAGAUUUAUUCGGGGUGUUUAGAAGACCAGAUUUCCAAAAGUUACUCUAUGAUGAAACUGGAUUCAAUGUCUUACUUGGCAAAUUGACAAGCAAAAAGUCGACAACUCUUCUUGGCUUUCAUGCCCAAAACAUGAUUCACCAAUCUAAAGAGAUUUACCUAUGAAAUGUGCAAGCUGACUGGAAUAUGUGCUUUAACUUAAUGUGUUAAGAUGCUGGUUGUGUAUAGAUAUGAUUUAUAUAAAGAUAAUUGUGUAUUUUUUACAAAUGAGUGGUAAUUGUAAGCCAAAGUAUUGAAGGCUGAGAUCAAGCUAAAGAAGGGGGAUGCUGACUUAGGAAUCAGCAGGGUUUGCACAAAAAAUGGCCCAUGCCAAGGUAAUAGAGCUUAGUGAAUCUUAAACCACCAAAAUUGUGACAGAUUAUUGAUUAAUUUUAUAUUUUUGUUCCUAAAAAUAUCCCUUUUUUAGUGACCUUUGGGUUUUUGUUUUCCCUGUAUAAAGCAACAUGUGAGGUUUACGUGCGCUAGCGUGUAUUUAAAAUACAUGCGAUUUAAAAGAAAGAAAAGAUUUCUGCUGUGCAAAGCAACCAUGCUGAAAUUCUGACACAUUGUCGUGUAUGUGUUUGUGUUUGUUUCUUUGUUGUUUGAUGCCAAAAGGGGGUGUGGUUAAAAUAAUGCUUUAAGAUGGAGCAUUAAUAGAGCUAUUACAUCAUCUGAAAAACUUGUUUUUAAAGGUUGGUUUCCUGGAGCGCCAUUAAGCCUAAUCCUUUAACUAAAACCAUCUUUAGUGGAUGAAAGCUGUAUGGAAGUACUGUAUGUUUUUAACCCAGAUUUGGUUUAAUCUGUGAUGGCAAGGCCAAUCUCUAUCCAAUGUACCAAGUCACUUGCAGAGGAGCAGUUUGGGUUUUAGCAGCAUAUUAGUAACAUACACCCAUAUAUAACCUGGCAGAGCCGUUAAUGGAUGAUAUAGGACAGUUUGGCUCUGCAGCUCAACACCAGUACCUUCCAGUACUCUCACUGUCACACUCAAGUAGCUAUAGGGAGGAAAUGCGACCUCACUUGCUCUGUGAUCCUCAUCCUGUGCCACCUCUAGUUCCUUACUCUCCUGACAUUUAUAUGAACUGGAUUUAAAAAUGCAAAUGUAUCAAGAUAAUGGAAAAUCCUGUCCUCCUCGCUUGGUGUUUUGCCUUGUGUUGUGAAUACCUGUCAAAGCUUCACAAGUGAGGGAGCUUUAUGUUGCUUUUGACAGUUUGAUUGGGAAAAGAGAUCAGUUCUAGCUUCACUGAGUGGAACAAGAUAAAUGGCUCCAUCUAGCAGUUUUCACAACUAAGUGUACACAAAACCCAUUACUGUUUGAGCCUCAGAUACAAUGUCAAACUUACUUCAAAUGAGAAAAAAUGGGAGGAACACAUUGUUAGGCCUAUAUUUUUCUUAAGGUAUCAGUAACUUUGUAUACAAUCCACAAACCGGUUCUACUUCAUCUAACUUCACCGUCCUACCUCAUUGUUACUCUGGUGUUUGUUUGUCAGUGACUGUAAACUAUGUGUGUAUAUUAUUAAAAAAAAUAGGAAAGGUAUACCUGGUUACUCUCAACAUGUACAGCAUAUAAAACUUGUAAAACACCUCAGUACACAAUAUCAUUCUUAGGAGAAAUCAGUUUUAUUACCUGCUUAAAGAUGCUGCUCUAAAGGGGUGUCUGCGUGAGGGGGUCGUCUCUGAAUAUAUAUCUUCGCUCUUUGCUAUGUCGUGCAGUUGAUCAGUGGUUGUGUUCUGUCUCUGUAUUGCAUUCUGAGAUUUUUACUGGUUGACGGUGCUACCAGCAAACAGUUCAAAAACUGAUCUGUCUAUCGGACCUCAAAUGGUGCUGUUUUUCUAUGUUUUUAUCCUCAUACAGCUAUGUUUUAUUCAGGUGCGUCAACCGCCACUAUCCCCUCAGCUAAUCAAAUUGUAAGCCAAAAUAUUUCGCAAAACGAUAACCCUGCUAUUACUGUAUCAACUUAUAUGCUAUCCAUCCAAAUAAUGUAGAUAGUGAUUAUACCCUCAGCUGUGAGUUUCAGAAGUACCUCAGAAAUUGCUGAUUUUCAAUGGAUGCAUCUGCUUCUAGCACCUGUUGUCUACCAAUAUUACAUUGUUGCAGUGUAUUUUCAGAAAUAUGCAUUUUUACUGGUUAGAUCAGGUUUCACUAUAUAGUACAUGAUAAUCAGAUCACACUCAGAUGACCGAUAAAUUUACAGGAUACCACUGUUCACUGGUUGCAUGCCAGAUUUUGUCAUAAAGGAAAUCUCAGUUGGACUGGGCAGUGUAUGUUACUGUAGAAGAGGUCCUCAGCAAAAACCAUGUUCUGUUCAAAGUCCAGUUUGUUUUACAGAAGUAGGAUUCCAUUGGUAGUUGUAUUUAUGGUGGAAAAAUUAUAUGUGGGUUGAUUUUGGGAUUGUACACGCUAAAGCCCCGUUUAUAAUAUUAAUGGAAAUCACAGAGAGUUUUCAAGGUACAUUCAUGGAGACUGUUUUGGGGAGUUUCAACCAGUCAGUUUUGAAAUGAUUGAUUUUAGUCACCAUUUUAAUCUGUGAUUCCCCUGUUGUAUCUCUUGGUCCCUUACCACUGUUUAAACAAUUCAAAUGUAAUUUUCAGUGUUAAAAUAUGAAUUUAGUGUAGCAAUCUGUUCAUGAUUGACUUACUGUGAGCUAAAGUCGUGUGUACAGCAGCAUUCAGUGUCUGGACUUGGCUUAAUUAUACAAAAAAGUGCAUUAUAUUUUCUUUGACCCUGUGCAGUGACACCAAUGGAAUCUUUUCUGCGCCAAAGUGUUUAAAGUGUGUUGAGUUGUUUUUUUUGGGUGGUUUGCUCUACCUGUCAGUAUGUAUAUAUUUGUUUUUGUUUUUUUUUUUUUGUUUUUUUUACUCUGACCAUGUCUGUGAACAUGAAAUGUGCUGGGGAACUCCUCUCUACUGUGAGCAGUGUGUGUUCAAAUACACAGCAGUUGGUUUUGUGGAAGCACUUAAGCCAUUCGUUGGACUGUUUCAUAAUGGUUCAAUUUUAAGCUUUGCUCUGGUCCAGGGAAUUGACCCAGAGAGUUUUGUGUGUAAUUGAAUUCCUAUGCAGGUGUGGAGUUGUAAUCACCUGGUACCACAUCACUGUUGGGUGGAGGGCCAACCAGGGAGAGAUAACUGGAGAGUGUUCAAACCUUUGAAUGUGUCUGCACAGCCUUGAGAUUGAGUCAAAGGGGACAAUGGCGACAUGACAAAUCCGUACAGAACUAUUACUACAUUUUCAUGGAGUUUAAUUAAACUGAGCUAUACAGGGCUGCUUGGAUAUAUACUUGUCUGUAAUAGUUGUAACUGCAAUGAUCAUUAGGGAAAGACAGGGUUAUUACUGUAUGGAGUAUUUCCAGCUGGUAUGAUAAUGUGAAAAGAAUUUCAAGACUAUUGCAGUAAACACUCCCUCACCCUACUUCAGCCUCCCUGAGGCAACCCUACAUUUACAGAAGAUGUUAUAAGUAUAUGCGAUAGAGAGUGUACAUGUCUUUGCUAAACCGGCCACACCUCUGCUAUGCGAGCAACUCUUUGACGCUUAGCAUCCUGUUCUGUGUUUUCUCUUGCUGCAUUCAGGAACACCUGUUUAAUGUAUAGAUAAACAGAAAUAAAUCCAGACUUUUAUUCUAUCAGCACAAA